GUACAAGCUCAAAGCCGUGAGCUACAGCUACUUCCAGGCCAUGCGCUUUGCGGUGGAAGAGAUCAACAACUCCAGCACCCUCUUGCCGGGGGUUUCGUUGGGCUACGAGAUGGUGGACAUCUGCUACCUCACCAAUAUCAUCCACCCCAUCCUUUAUUUCCUCUCCGAUAACCAGUCCCAGCUAGAGAUACGGACAAAUUACACUGACUAUCAUCCCAGAGUUGUGGCGGUCAUUGGUCCAGACUCUUCACUGGCAGCUGUAACUGUCGCCCAUCUGCUGAGUCUUUUCCUCGUCCCGCAGAUCACCUACAGCGCAACCAGCCAGGCCCUGAGUAACCCCAGAGUCUUCCCUGUUGCUUUCCGCACAAUCCCAAGUACAGAGCAGCUGAUCAGGGUCAUCCUCAAGUUACUGCAGAGGUUCCAGUGGAACUGGGUCAUCGUCCUCUCCAGUGACGACAGCUACGGUCAGCAGAACCUGCAGCUGCUGCGGGCCCAGGCCACCUGGCCCUGCAUCGCUUUCCAGGAGCUCAUCCCUGUCCAGCUGACAAACCAGGAGGCCGGCAGCGUCCAGCAGCGGAUGGAGAGCAUCGUGGGCAAGAUUGUCCAAAGCACGGCCAAAGUGGUGAUCGUCCUGAGCAUGGAGCUGCCUCUGCUGGCCUUCUUCCAAGAGGUGCUGCGGCAGAACGUCACUGGCCUGGUGUGGAUUGCGUGCGAGGCCUGGGCCAUCGAUCCUUCCCUGUACGACAUCGCCAACCUCUCCAGCAUUGGCACCAUCUUUGGGGUGGCUCCCCAGGACAUCCCCAUUCCGGGGUUUGACGACUUCCGCAUCAGAUCUCCCUCCAGCCCAACAGAGGGAGCCGGAGUGCAGGACGCAGCUGAGACGUGCAACCAAGUCUGUGACCAAUGCCUACCAGCAACCUUGCUCUAUGACAAGAUAUUCCGGGGGACGGGGAACCGCAUUGACUUCAAUGCCUACUCAGCUGUCUACAUUGUUGCACAGGCUUUACACCAGCUGCUGGGUUGUGACAGCCCAGAGGGGUGCCGGAGGCAAAGAGUAUACCCUUGGCAGCUGCUCAAGGAGGUGAGCUGGGUGAAAUUCUCUCUGCUGAACACCCCCAUCAGCUUCGAUAACAAAGGAGAUCCCCCGGUCGGCUUUGAGGUCAUCCAGUGGCAGUGGGACGUUCCCAGCCGGCCUUUUAAGCAGAUUGCGGCCUAUGACUCCCUGCAGGAAGAGCUGACUGUCUUCACACAGGCCAUCACCUGGCACACCAACAACAACACGGUUCCCAGUUCCACCUGUUCAGAGCAGUGUGAACCCGGCCAUAAGAAAAAGCUCAUUGGCAGCAUGUCUUGCUGUUUUGAGUGUGUGCCCUGUGAAGCAGGGACCUUCUUCAAUAAAAGCGAUAGUUUCAUUUGCCAGAAGUGCCCAUCGGACAUGUGGUCUGAUCCGGGACAAGAACGUUGUUUCAAGCGGCUGGUGAAGUAUCUGGAGUGGGAUGAUCUCACCUCCAUUCUGCUGAUCUUGUGCUCGGCGUUGGGCCUCUUGGCCACUCUCGGGGUGCUGGCCCUCUUUCUCCAUCACUCUGACACCCCGGUGGUAAAGUCUGCGGGGGGCCGGCUUUGCUUCCUUGCGCUUGCCACCCUUUCCAUCGGCUUCUGCAGCUUCCCUCUGUACGUGGGCGUGCCGACAGAAGGCAAGUGUCUCUGUCGCCAGACGAUCCUCAGCCUCUGCUCCACCGUCUGCAUCUCUUGCAUCACAGUCCGCUCCUUCCAGAUCAUCUGUGCCUUCAAGAUGGCCACCCGGCUACCUGCGGUCCACAACUUUUGGAUGAAGUACAACGGGCAGCAGGUUUUUAUAGGCAUUGUGUCUGCCAUCAAGUUCAUUCUAGUGGGGACCACCAUCUACAUCCACCACCCCAUGCUGGUGAAGCCCACUGUGAGCAGCGAUCCGGCCGUGAUGAAUCUCAUGUGCUAUACAAACGAUAACGCCAGUAUCUUUGACAUGGUGCUCUGUUUCCUGUGCUUCUGCUUUGCCUACAUGGGGAAAGCGCUGCCCAAGAAUUACAACGAGGCCAAAUACAUCACCCUGUGCAUGGCCGGCUACUUCAGCUCCUGGGUGGCUCUCUUCCUGGUGAAGUCCCUCUUCGAAGGGAUGGUGGUCACUGUCUUUGACGCAGCCAUAGUGCUCUCCAACCUCUGUGGCUUUACCGUGGGCUACUUCGGCCCCAAGUGCUACGUCAUCCUCUUUCACCCUGAGCGAAACACCCCUGCUUUCUUCCAGAUGGCCAUCCAAAGCUACACCAUGAGGCAGGAUUAGACGG